CUGGGAAUAACAUUUCGUAAUUUGUACUGGUCAUUUUAUGGCUAUCUGGCUCCAUGGGACUACAAGCUAAUUGUGGGUAAUGCUGGCCCCAACCAGGAACCAACCGAACACACAAUCACGAAUUAUGUCGGCGAAGUAACAAUUGCCGCAUUUCAUAUUGCCGUUGUGAUUACAUUGAUAAAUCUUAUGAUUUCGAUGCUAGUUCGAACAGCGAGCGACGUCCUGGCAAGCUUUCUUUCUUGUUAA